AUGUUCGCCAACCUUGUCCCAGUCCCUGAAGUCCCUCCACCAAUGGCCAUAUCCAUCCGUUUCGCGAACCCUUCCAAAAAGUAUUUUCCCGGAGAAACGGUGCAAGGAAAGGUUUAUUUGAAAGCAAAUGAACCGAUCAGUGCGCGUUUUCUUAAAAUUUAUUGGAAGGGAGUAGCAAAAUGUGGUUGGUAUGGGAUUGAGAGUGGAGCUAAUAAGGAGUACGUCUCCAACUAUGUGAUGGCCUGGAUUUCCGAGGAUGGAAAGAACGAAAUUCCAACCGGAAUCUAUCGGUAUAGAUUCAGCUUCCAAAUUCCAGCUGAUGCGCCACCAAGUUUCAGUGGAACGUUCGGAGAUAUUCAAUAUUCUCUGAACGUUGAAUUGAACCGCCCGUGGAGAUGGAACAUUGAGACGCAGGAGAUCUUCAAGGUCGCAUCGAAGGCGUGUCUUGCGGAGAUGGCACCGGAAAUUAUGAUCCCAUCACGAUUUGUGAUGCACAAAAACUCGGGAUCGAUCUUCAAGGAUGGAGUCUUUUCCAUUGAGAUCAACUUCCCAAAGCGAGCCUACCUGGCAGGAGAGACUAUCAAAGUAUCGGUCACCAUGGAGAAUCACUCCUCGAAACCAAUCACCUCUCUGGAGUUUGAGCUGAUCCAGCAGUCUCACUUUCACUCCCGUCCCCAAAAGACUCAUUGCUCUCUCAACGAUUGCCUAACGGACUGUCCGGUACCAUCAAAGUACAGCAGAGACUGCGAAUCAGUUCUGCAAACGGGAUUCCAUCACUGCUACGUGGCACCUCACGAGACCAAGAAGGUAACUGUCGAGGUUGAUUUGCCAUGGAAGCUCCAAGCCACUUUUGAGUCUGCGAUGAUCUCGAUGGGGUACUUGGUGGGGUUCACUGUGAAGAAUGCGUCGUGGACAAAUAAUAAGGCGGUUUGCAAUGCAAGAAUUGUAAUUGGAAACGAGACGAAUAUUGAUGGAGAGAAAGGAUUCAAAGCGGUCGAAGCACCACCACCCUACUCGCCAUAA